AUGGAUGCAUGCGUUGCCUUGCUCAAAGGAUCGACGCCUGAAGACGCGACCAUGGCCGAAGCUUUCGAGAGCAUGAAGAGCGAUGCCUCUCUGCAGCAAUCGAACUCGCAACUUAACCGUGCAUCAACAGCUGUCACCAACUUCAAAGGUACGCAUGGCGGAUAUUGCUGGCGGAUCAAGAAGAAGGAAGCCCAAGGUGCUUCGCUGGGUAGUGACUCUUUUUCACGAGUCCAGCAGCCAAGCAUGCCAAGUACACAGCAGAAGGGGGUGCUACGCGAGCUAAACCGGAUACAAGACUAUCUGGAUACUCUUUAUCGUCGGAAAAGACACAUGAGACAUCUGGUCUUUUGCGAAUGGUGGAAACAUCGAAAUCUAAUCGGUAGCCAAGAUCCUCUUUUCGUGCAGCGCAGGUCUCGGUGCACUAUAAGGGCUAAACGGCUGUUGGAGGAGAUGCGAAGCAUCACUCUCCUGAUACGGUCAGCAGAGAUGCAAGUACUGUCGGUCAUGGACAGGUCGUUGCCAUAUGGACCGUUUGAGAAGGAGGAGACCAGCAAGUUCUACUCCCAUACAGAUCCAGCGUUUGUGCUGAGAAACAUGGGUAGCGGGUGGCCAGAUAAAUGGGAUUCUGACCCAACCGUGAUUGAGACUGAGUCUUUCAACUCAUGGCUGAAUGCAAACGCUGAAGCCUUCAAGAGGUGGACAGAGGCUACACCGUUUCUAAAACAAGGGGCCCCGACUACCCAGGCUCGUAUCCCCGAUCUCUGGGAGCACAUCAACAACCAUAGUGGACUCCGCAAACUCCCAAUCGAGCUUCGUCAAUGUAUGAUCAAUACCAUGCUGGCCUUCACCAAGGAGAUAGUAGCAGAGACACAAGGCGAUAGUGCACUGAUUGAGAACCCUUCUUGGAAAGAGCGUCGCUGGGACGGUCAGCCAUGGCUACCGCUGUUUGUUGACUGGGAGGUGGAGUACGUCAACAUCCCCAGUAGAAUGUGGCAACUGAGGCACGCCGAUAACGGCUCGGUCCAGUAUGGGCUUGACAUUGAACAGAAGCUGUCAGACCUGACACUGGGCUCUCGCACAUUCUCUGGACGUACUAUUCUGCAGCCAAACGGCCAGAAGCUUAUGCUAGGGCUCCUCGAUAUGAUGCACCGUACGGUCCCUCUCACAUCUGACGAGGUGGAUCCAGUGAAGGCCUUUGCAGAAAAAUUCCUCGAGGAUCAGAAUCUGCUCUUUGGUCGACUUGACGGGUUCACCGAUCACCUUCUCACUCUUUGCCAAGGAGCUCAUACUAUCCCCAUGAGGGAGGGGGCGUCUUCCCCGGGAGAAGAGAUCUUUGCUGAGGGAGAAUAUCUUGACAUCUUUUACGGGGACCCAACGGACCUGUCAUCUGGGGGCCUUGAUGUUACUCCAUACGGAACCUACCAUGAGGGUUUGUCGUAUGAGACUUUGACCAGCACUGAUGCUGUUGAUGACAAUCGUAGAUUCUUCCAGCCGGUCACCCAUGGCCAAGCACGACUAACUCAGUUUAAGAUCGUUGACCGUUUCGGACAGGUCAUAAGUGCCCAGGAUCCGCGACCAGAAGAACCAAAAGUAACUUUAUAUCCUCACAUUGGGUCUUCGAUGCUCUGUGAACCAGACAAUGACGCUUCACCAAAUACAGCAUUCGCGACCGAGAAUAAACUAGACGAUUGUGAAUGGUUUCAACUUGGUCCGCGGAUCAAUCAAGAUGCUCGUAUGCAUGCUGAAUUCCUCUGUGAUGGAGCUGAAGGCGAAACUGGGGUUUUUGCGUGGCUGCUUAUAAACUUUCACAAUCAGUCUAUACAGGUCUAUGACAAGGACAGGGCUUUCAAGGGAGAGGUCGUGCUUCCCUCCGGGCCCAACGAAUCGGUCCAUUGGCAUUCCCUCAUUGGGAGUGACAUCUCUUCUGACAUCCUUCCACAUCUGAUGCGCAAUGAACAUGACAUUCGGCUCAAAGCUCGGCUGGACAAAGUCUACAUGUCGGCACAAAAGGGGUCCAAGCAGCCCAUGACGCUGGAUGACCUGAUUGCAUCAAUGUCACAUGCACCUUUCAUCAUUGGCCUUUGGAAGACUAUAGUUGCUGCCCAGGAUCACAUUCAAGCACCGCCAGCCCAGCAAUUUGCCCAGUUCCCUUCGGCUCUUGUUGGCCGCCCUGUUGCUCUCGCACAUCUUUCAUUGGGAAUUGAGCUUGCAACUCCACCUAUGCAGAGUCAGGCCUAUGCUGAUUAUGCUGAGGAUGAGAGUGACAACAUUUCCAGGGUCGGCCUGCCUGAGACUGGAGAUGAGGAACUCAGUCGAUACGAGUUUGGUGUCAAACUAGGCGACAUGUUCGGUCACCAAGAUGGUUUGAUAGGCUACUUGACAGCUCUGGAAGCUGAAGAAGCUUGGGAUAUUGUCACCGACUUUGCCAUCGAUGAUGUAUCCUUGCCAAACGUCAGACACUCAAAUAAUGCACCUCCUCUCACCGUGUCUCCCAGCUAUCCGCCCGUGCUGUCUUCAGGUACUUCCGAGCCCUUAGACAUUACCAAAGUGGCAGAUGAUUAUCGGAAGCGGAAAGCCAAGGCCUUGCAAUCUUCUCUCGUCACUGUACUCCUGGACUCCUUCCUCCCAAUCCACGUACGAUCAGGGAUACUCCCUGCAGUUCAAGUCCAGCUAAACCGCGACGACGUGGAGCGAGAUCUUCAAAAUCUCGGCGUUUGGUUCCGUUCAGGUCCAGUCAUUAUUGGAUCUCGUGGCUCAGACCCUGUCUCGGCACAAGACGGCAAAAUGCGUAUACAAAUCAUUAACGAUGGCAACGAUCCGAAAGCCCCUCUUGUACCAGUGCAUACCAUGCCGACCACGACGUCUGGUACGGCAUGGCAGUGGGUGCAGCCUGUGAUGGAAGACCUAAACGAGGAAAUGGGGACCGAUGCUUUGAGUUCUGGAGUAAAAUAUGUGCAUUUGAGUGUGACGAAUCCAUUAAAGGAAGGGUUUGAUGCAAUAGUAGGACCCGAUCAUGAGAAGGCUAAGGAAGAUGACAUAGAAGUAGCUGUUGCCUUGGAUGGAUAUUUACUGCUCAGGCGGAGCGAGAAGAGUACCUAA